AUGGGUGGUUCCGGUUGUUCCAUUUCCAUUUCCAUGUGCAUCCUCCUUGUAGGCGUCGUCCUACUGCUCAGCGCUCAGGUAGGGUCGUGUAGUUGCUACAGGCGCAUCUUCGCGCUCGGCGACUCCAUAACUGACACCGGCAACUUUGCGUUCUCAAGCGUUCCAGAAAACCCAAUCAAGCACCUCCCGUUUGGGAUGACCUACUUCCACCAGCCCACGGGCCGCAUCUCUGACGGCCGCGUCAUCAUCGAUUUCAUCGCGCAAGCGCUGGGACUGCCACUCGUACCACCAAGCUUGCCCGAGCAGCACUCGGCGCAGUUCCCUGCCGGUGCCAACUUCGCCGCAUUCGGUGCCACGGCGCUGCCAAAGGAUUACUUAAAAGGAAAGUGGGGCAUCGAUGCGGUCACAUAUGCCUCCCUGGGCGUCCAGAUGGACUGUUUCAAAGAAGUAGUGCACCGAAUAGCUCCAGGAGGCGAUGUUAGGAGAGUCCUGAGCGAGUCUCUCAUCGUGUUGGGCGAGAUCGGUGGCAACGAGUACAACUUCUUGUUCUUGAAGCAUGAUCGUCCUCGUGAAACAGCCUACCAACUCAUGCCAGAAGUUGUCGGCAUCAUAAGCAGUACUGCGCAGGAGCUCAUCGAUAUGGGCGCGAAGACAAUCUUGAUCCCGGGGAACUUCCCCAUCGGGUGCGUGCCUAAGUACCUGGACAUUCUCGGGAAGUUCGCCAACCCUCCGGACUACGACCAGUUCGGCUGCCUCAGUUGGUUCAACGACUUCUCCCAGAGGCACAACCAGGCGCUCUCCAAUGAGAUCAAUCGCCUCAGCGCGCAGCACCCGGGCGUCAAGCUCAUCUACGCCGACUACUACGGUGCCGCCAUGGAGGUCUUCAAGAAUCCAGGCAGAUACGGUAUUCGUGAUCCUCUGGUCGCGUGCUGCGGAGGCAAGGACCGGCACCACACCGGGCAGGAUUGCAGCCAGAGCGCCGUUAUGUGGGGCGACCCGGCGAAUUUCGCGAGCUGGGACGGUAUGCACAUGACUGAGAAGGCCUACAACGGCAUCGCCGAUGGGGUGCUGCACGGACCGUUCGCCAACCCGCCCCUGCUAAACUCUUGCUAGAAUGAAUCCUUCUGUCCUUGUUACCCUGAAACAAAUUAACUGUUCUCGUCGUCUAUACUUCCUGUACUUGAACUUUGAAAGAAAUUAAUAAAUUGAU